AUGGAUGCCACUACCUUGAAUCUCUCAUCAUUGAGGGAUAAAAUCUCCAGUAAAUUGGGUAAAUCCAACACUAAGCCCGAAAAGAAGGCGAAGAACGUCCCAAAGGAUACCAAGAAGGCUUCAGCCAAGGUCCCAUCCAAGGCCGCAGCAAAUACCCCCUUCAAGAAAGAAAAGGCCCCUAGGGAAAACAUUACCAAGCAAGAAGUUCCAGAGUCCGAAGAGGACGUCAUUCGCCGCGAAGCAUUAGCUCUUGGCGCCACCGAAGAGGACUUGAAGAUGCUUGAGGAUGUUACUGCUGGCGAAGAAAGCGAGCAGGAGUUCGACGCACCUUCGCAUAAGCUUGACAAGUCUUUCGGUGAUGAUUUGAGCAACUUCAUGAAGACUAUUGGCUUGGGUGUGAACGGUCCAGUUGUCAUUGACGACGAAGAAAUUUCUGAAGAAGAGCUCAUGGACGAGAUUGAAGAGCUUAUUGCGCAGAGCGAAAGCGAGGAGGAAGAAGAAGAGGAAGAAGAGGAAGAAGAGGAAGAAAUUGAAGAAGAAGAAUCUGAAGAGGAAGAAACCCGGGUAGUUCAGCAGGAACUCGAUACCAGGUCUUUGAAGAAAGCCAAGAGCGCCAAGAUCACCAAUGUCGCCAACGUUGUUACUGACAACUUAGUCAUCCAGGCACGUACCGACUGGUACAACAUUCCAAAUGACGCAGCCAAUAUUCCAGUCGAGACCCUCUCGCCGACAUUGAUUGAACGCUUGCAUCUGAAGGCAAAAGAAGUUGUGGAUGCUGAUAACAAGACCUACGCCGAGGAAUUCUCCAAGUCUAAUGCACAGAAGCGAUUCUUGUCGCAAAUUCUCUCAGAUGGUACGUUGAACGAUAAAAUCUCCGCUCUCACCUUGCUCAUCCAGGAGGCACCAUUGCACAACGUCAAGGCGUUGGAUACGCUUGUGGGCUUCUGCGAGAAGAAAUCACGUACCGCUGCCUUGCAGGGUAUCAACGCGUUGAAGGAUUUGUUAGUAAACGGGAUCUUGCCUAACCGCAAGUUGCGCUACUUCAAGAACCAACCAAUCAGCAACGUGCUUACUCCGCAGCAACUCGCGCUCUUCUACUUCGAAGACCACCUCAAGAAGGCGUACUUCAAGUUGAUCUCCGUAUUGGAAGUUUUGUCGCAUGACCCGAUUGUACACGUAAGAAUGAACGUUGUGAAUCACAUCUUCGACUUAUUGAGAUCGAAGCCAGAACAGGAGGCGAACUUGUUGCGCUUAGGGGUUAACAAGUUGGGUGAUAUUGACAACAAAGUCGGGGCCAAGACCGCUUUCCAGAUCUUGCAAUUGGAACAGACCCAUCCAGCGAUGAAGAAGAUUGUGACGGACGCCGUUGUGGAUAUCGUUUUCAAGAGCGGGAGUGAUUAUCACGCUAGAUACUACGCGAUCUUGGCGUUGAACCAGACGAUUUUAACAAGACGCGAGGUAGAAUUGGCCAACAGCUUGACCAAGACGUACUUCUCAUUAUUCGAAAAGGUUUUGAUCGAAACUGAUGACGAUAACAAGGAGGGAAGCAAGAAGGCGGCGGCUGCGAAGGGUAGAAAUGACAAGAAAAAGAGAUUCAAGAAAGGUAAGAAGGGUGGGAAGUCCAUCAAGCACGACAAGACCGAGGCGGAGGUGGUGGAAGAAAAAAACUCAAAGUUGUACUCCGCUAUUCUCACUGGUUUGAAUCGUGCCUUUCCCUUCUCCGACCUCUCUACUGACGUCUUCCAGAGACACUUGGAGACCCUCUAUAAAAUCACCCACUCCACCAACUACAAUACCUCCGUACAGGCGUUGGUGUUGAUCCACCAGAUCACCGCUUCCGAGAAGAUCAUGGUAGACAGAUACUACCGCACUCUCUACGAGUCUCUUUUGGAUUCCAGAUUGGUCAAUUCUUCCAAACAGGGGAUCUUCCUCAACCUCUUGUUCAAGUCUUUGCGUCAGGAUACUGAUAAGAACAGAGUUUUGGCCUUUGUCAAGCGUAUCUUACAGGUGUGUUCGCACUGGUUGAACAUUGGGCCAAUCACCGGGAUGUUGUACUUAUUAAUGCAGUUGGAGAGCACCGUUCCGGAGAUUAGAAACUUGAUCAUCAACGCAAAUUUUGACGAGGUUAUUGUUGACAAGGGUGAUGAGUCGGAGGAUGAAGAGCAAACUAAGGAAAAUAUUGAGGCUAAGGUCGAAGAGUAUGACGGACGCAAACGUGACCCAAAGUUUGCCAACGCGGGCAAGUCUGCGUUGUGGGAAAUCACUGAGUUUUUGAACCAUUACCAUCCGUCUGUCGCCUUGUACGCGCAGUCCAUCCUCGACAAGACCGAGCAAGCGAAGCCGGACUUGGGACUCUUCACAUUGACUCACUUUUUGGACAGGUUCGUUUACAGAAAUGCCAAGGCAAAGCAGUCCACCAGAGGUUCGUCCAUCAUGCAGCCUUUAGGUGGUACCCAGACUGGCUCCUUGUUGGUCAAGUCGUCCAACAUGGCCCACGUCAGCGUCCCGGCAAACACCGAGGACUGGUUGAGCAAGAAGGUGGCGGACGUCAGACCGGACGAACAGUUCUUCCACCAGUACUUUACAUCAAAGCAAGAGAAGAUGGUCAAGAAGAAGGUUGCCAAGGAGUCCGAUGACGAGGACGAGGAAGAUUUGGACGAAGACCAGGUCUGGAAAGCCUUGGUCAAAUCCCAUCCGGAUGUUGAGCAGGAGGAAGGUGACGACGAUGGAUUUGACGACUUUUCCGAUGACCUUGAUGCUGCAGACUUCUCUGGCAGUGAUGAGGAAGUGGAAGUUGGGGCUGAAAGUGCUGAAGAUGCUGAAUCAGAUAACGAAGAAGCGGCCAUGUUCAAGGGUGACUCUGACGAUGAGGUGGAUAGCGACGAGUUCGACCUCAAUGUGCUCUCAGACGAAGCAUCUGAGGAUGAGGCAUCGGGCAAGCGUUCUAGAGAAGACGACGAUGGGGAGAAGAAGAAGAAGAAAAAGGUGGUUCUUCCUACCUUUGUGUCUGCUGAUGAUUAUGCCCAAUACUUGGACUCUGAGGAUGAGGAUUUCAGCUAAACCAGACGAGAUGAGUCCGAGUUGAGGACGAUGAGCGUUGUGAAGACAAACUUGCAUGUGUAUAUUAUGUUUUGUAUUGCCAUAAUAUAAAAUGAAGUAAAGAAAG